AUGUCAUUCCCGUAUCAUCAGUAUGUGGACUACUCGAAUCCUGCAACGCCGCGUGUGUACGCUUGGGAAGUAGCGUCAGCAACAUCAGACCAAGACCCGACACUCCAGCUUCAGCAGCCUCAAGAUCCUCAAGCGCAAGCUCAUACACCACUCCAGCAGCCACAGCAGCAGAUCUCGCCUUCUCAGCUUCAGCUUCACCAACUGCCUCCGCCUCUUCUUCAACAUGCACAGCCCUCAACACCCCAAGAGCACCAAGUUCAGCAGCAGCAGCAGCAGCAGCAGCAACGCCAGCAGUAUCCCACCCAUCGAACCAUCCAUGUGCAGCCGCCCCCGCCCACAACGCACCAGUAUCGGUUUGAGACCGUAACAGAGGAGGACUUCAUACAGGCCAGCGCGAGCGGUGAGCGUCCUGGCUCCGGCUCGUCGCGCAGCGGCAGCGGUCGCCGCGGUGCGUCCAAACCUCCUCUACACGUCGACACGUCGCGACGAGCGUCGUCGUCGGCUGCCGCGAGCCCCGGCGCGCCGUCCGCGUCGGGCACGGGGCGCGUACCUCACGCGAGGACGCAUGUUCAGUCUGCCCACCCGUACCGUCGGCCGCAGUCCCGCGCCGCCUCGGGAGGCGCGGGCUCGGGUGCGGGUGCGAGCGCGGGUGCUGCCAGCUCCUCGGGGCAGCAGCACGCCGCUGUGAGAUCUCGUCGUGUGAGUGAGUUGCAGUCUGCUCAGACGAGCGUGGGCGGCGUUAGUGCAAGCCACACUGGUGGUGCGCUGCCCACGGUUGGGACCCCGUUGGGGGUGUCGUGUCCGGCUGCUAGUAGUUGGCGUGAGGGACUGCUCGGGCUGUCGACGUCAGGUCAGGGACAGAGCGCGACCGGGACAAGUCUCGGUAUGGAGGCAGGCUCGGCCGGGAGCGGUAGCGCGACACCUCGCGCACAGGCCGACCCCCUUCCUCAAAGCCUUGUUCUACCAUUCCCGCUGGAGCCCGUUAAGCGCUACGGCAUCCGCGCAGAUGUCCACUUCAGCACGGAAGAGAAUCUGAUCACGGCAAUGUUCGAGUUACCCGGUGUCAAGAGGGACGACCUCCGAAUCACCAUGUCUGUGUGUCCCUUCACCCGCGUGCGUCAAGUCAGCGUGUCCGGCAUCUCAAGAGGGGUGCUGCCCCUGCAAGGCCAUCAAGUGCGCGAGCGCAAGUUUGGAAAGUUUUUCAGGGCGCUGGCCGUCCCCCCAGAGACAAAGCCGGAGGACGUAUCUGUGAACCUUGAAGACGGAGUCCUCACCUUGAAGAUACCCGGCGGCACACCUGCGGAAGCGGAGCAGCCGCAGAGCAUACCCAUCCUCGUUCCAAUGGCCCAGUAA